ACUCUGAGCUGUUAAAAAUAACAGUAUAUAAAAUAACACAUUAGUAGUUUAAAAACUAAACAUCCAGUGAAUUUAUUACAGAUCAUAACAACACAUUAUUGUCUUUGUGAUCUAGUCAACACAUUAAAGAAUGGUAUACACAUAAUCACAAUGAUUAAACAAAUAAUCCAUAUAAUGGUUUGUUUUAUUUUUGAAUGGCGUUAACACAGCCUCAUACAUUACUAUGCUAUUUUCGUUUCCGACUGGGGACAACAAAUUAAGGCUGAAACUGUGACAAUCCCAAUUUCAAACCAGACUCUGUGUGUUUGCCAGACCGACCAAGACCACCUCUUUAGGUGGACUCGGUACAGUUUGUUUUGCAAGUUGACUUUGUUGUUUACACUUCACACCAAACAUACUGAAUCGUACAGAGUGCGGGCCAGACCCUCUAAACGGACCCAGCGUGAACACAUCCUUAGAUUUUCUUUUUAAAUAGAUAAUAAACUUUUGCAUAAGCCAGUGGUUUAUGUAUAGUUUUCCUUUCCUUCAUAGGAUUUCAGUAAGAUUUACAGGUGUAUCUGUAAUUGACUGCCGGUGUGUAUGUAUAGAUAUAAAUGGCUAGAUAAGACACCAGUUAGAAGUAGCCUUGAGCAUUUUAAAGAGUAAGUAGCAGGGUUUCUGUACCAUACAGCGUUACACAUCCCCGUGUUGCUACAGCUUUUUAAAUUUUUGUGACGUACUUCUUUUGCAUUCCCACCUUGAACACUGACGUUCUAGCGGGUGUCAGACUGGUUUAGCAACAGUGGUCAUGUGCUGGCAUGUUACAAGAGCUGGACAGUAUUGCUAUUAUUUGGCAGGAGAACUCAUUGUCAGUUUAGAAUCUGUUGAUAUUCAGCACUGUAAUACUGUACUGUACAAGGUAGACGCCAGAAGAUGGAUCUUGUGGUGUGUUCCAUGGGCAGCAGCACCAGCAGGCUGUAUAGCGCUGUGGCCCAGAAGUUAAGCAGCAGUCCCGCUCCCCAGCACGAGGAGUACAGCGAGCAGCCUGUCCAUGUGGUGCCCAUCGACCCAGAUGACCUCCUCAAGGAGUGCGAGAAGGCCCUGCUCAACCGGCCGGCCAGAGUGCAGCGAGCCUUUGCCUUCCCUAGAAACGACAAACCCAGCACUCCUCACCGUCCAAUUCGAGUCAUGCAGUGGAACAUCCUCGCACAAGCUCUUGGGGAAGGAAAAGACAAUUUUGUUAAUUGUCCGCUGGAUGCUUUGAACUGGGCAGAGCGCAAGUACCUUAUCCUUGAAGAGAUUCUCAUGCACAGGCCAGAUAUCUUGUGCCUGCAGGAGGUAGAUCACUACUUUGACACCUUCCAACCUAUCCUGAACAGCAUGGGCUACCACUCCAGCUUCUUGCCCAAGCCCUGGUCGCCCUGCCUGGACGUGGAGCACAACAACGGACCAGAUGGCUGUGCUUUGUUCUUUAACCAGGACAGGUUUGAGCUGGUGGACAGCACUAAUAUGCAUCUGGUAGCCAUGAUGCUGAAGACCAACCAGGUGGCUAUAGCUCAGACCCUGAGGUGCAAGGAGACAGGGAGGCUGUUUUGUGUUGCCGUCACCCACCUCAAAGCCCGCAGUGGCUGGGAGAGGUUCCGCUCUUCCCAGGGCUCCGAUCUCCUUCAGAAUCUGCAGUCCAUCACAGAGGGGACUGGCAUUCCCUUGCUGAUUUGUGGGGACUUCAAUGCAGAGCCCACUGAGGAUGUCUAUAGAGACUUUGCGACCUCCAGCCUCAACCUGAACAGUGCCUACAAGCUGCUCAGCGAGGAUGGCCAGUCUGAACCCCCCUACACCACAUGGAAGAUCCGUCCGUCUGGGGAAAGCUGCCACACGCUGGAUUACAUUUGGUACUCACAACAUGCCUUCAGCGUGGACUCUGUUUUGGACUUCCCUACAGAACUGCAGAUUGGGCCCAAUAGGCUGCCAUCUUAUAACUAUCCUUCAGACCAUCUGUCAUUAGUCUGUGAUUUUAGUUUUAAUGAUGAACCAGACAGACUUUUAUAGACUUCACAGCACUGUGUGCGCACAUGUAUUUAUUUUUAGUUUCUUUUUUUAAGUUUUUUUUUUUGUUUUUAAUAUAUAGUGCUGGUAAUCUCAAAAGGUCUAAUGGUAGCACUGUGUUAAACAAUAUCACUAAUUCCUUUGUUACUGGUAAAGACCACGUGUGUGCAGAAAUGUUAAAUAUUUUAUAUAUAAUUUAUUAACCACUGUCCCUAUUGUUUAAUACAUGGCUUGUGUAAAACAUGAUUUAAUUUAAUUUUGAUUUUACUUUAAAAACAAAUGUACAUGAAGCAAAGAAGCAUUUCAAUGACUUUACAUUUACUUUCACUUCAUUAUAAAACGCAUUUACACAUUAUUAAAGCUGAUAUGCACUUUUGUACACAGAGGUAUUUUUUCAUGUGAAGCAUCCUGGAAUAAGCGUUGAUUGCCCCUGCUUGUUUGUGGUCUUUGGAAGUGGGAAAGUUGUUGCUCAUUUUACCCCAGCGAGACAUCUUUCUUACUUAUUUUCUAAGGAUCGCUGAAUAGACAACCAUCCGCUCGUUAAAUACAUUAUAUAAGCAAAUAAUUUUAAUGGUAAGCCUUCUGUUCAGGACACCAUGAUGAAGUAGGUUGUAAGUAAACUGAGGUGGUUGAAAUGAGCAACAAAUCUUCCACAGGUCCAAAACUUUUUUCCUCCUGAAAACACUGUAGCCUUCCAAUAAUAAAAUAUGUUAAAGAAAUUCAUUCAAUUAAUUUUCCCAGUAAAAGUUUUUCAUAUGUAGGUUAUGAAAUGUACAGUAAUUGCAAUAAAUGUGUUUUGCUGUUUACAGACAAACUGCUGUAUUUGACUCGGCACAAGUACAGAUCCUUAACUUAAAUAGCGUGGCAUAACCUUGUUGAAGAAUGUCUGUCUGCAAGGCCAUACAUAAUAUACUUUUCACUUGGUUACGAUGACACUUUGUGAGUUGGUAUUUUUUUUUGUAAGAUGUCAAUCAAAUCGACACAUUUUGGCUGUCAAAUUCUUGAUUUGUGUCAGUUUCAAAUGAUUGAAAGAAAAAAAAAACUUUCAUGCUUCUAUUUUUUUUUUUUAAUUUGACAGAUAGUGUAUGUGGUGUGCCUGGGAAGUUAGUUUCAGGGUUUUGUGAAAUUAUAGAGGCAGCUUUAUUCCUGUUUUAUGAUUGCAGUGUUUUAUGCAUUUUUGCUUUAAACAAUAACUGCAAAUUUUACCAGCUGUACCUUUCACCAAUUAACAAACCUAUACAGCAAGAAUUGAUACUGUAUACUGGUCCCACUAAAACCACUGUAAUAUGUUGUCAAUAUUCUGUACCCAACUUUGUGCAGCAGAGAAAUGGACUGGAAUAACAAAUUGCUGUAUAUAAGGCUUUUUUUUUCUCUUUUUCAUGUAUUAAAUCAGAGCAGAAGUUACUGUAGUAACUAGUGGUGCAAUCGGCACCCUAAUUCAUAUUAAUUCAUAUUCAAAAUAUUCAUAUUUUGAGUUGGCUUGUCCAACACGAAUGUACAGGCCUAAAGUGUGUAUCCUAGCAACAAGCUAAUCUACCCUACUAGCACUAAAAGAAAUGCGCUCUCACACACUCAUGGUUUUAAUGCUAACUGGCAACGGGACACUCCAACCUGGGUUCUAAUUUGAAGCAUUGAUUCACUAAUAUGUAAUCGAAGCUCUGGAAAUUUACGGACAGAUGAUCAAUAAUCGAUGCAUUAAUUGUUGCAUCCCUAGUAGUAACCAGAUGCCUUAUGCUGGAAAUAUUGUUAUGGGUUUUCAUAAUGGAAGAGAUGUUGCAAUAUUUGUUACAGAUAAUGGGACCUUGAUGUAUGUGUGUGUUUACAUUCAGAUAUAUUUUAUUUAAAUUGUAUUUAUGCCUUCAGUAAAAGCAUGUAUUUAUUAGAAUUGCCCUUAUGUCUGAAUAAUUUACUAAAGUUUAUUAAUUUAAUUGAGCUACAAUAUCGAGUUGGGUCACAUUUUGUUUGAUGCUAAAAUAAUUGAGCCUGGGACACAGGUGCAGGAACUAAGGGUGCCGCAGCACCCUCUAGCUUCAAAUUGCCACUAGUCUCAUGAAUCUUAAGAUCUGUGUGUGCAAAGCACUGCUUCUUUUUACAUUGCUUUGGAACCCUGUGAUAAUAGACCAAUCACCGCUGACAGUCACAACAGGCAGGAUAUUUUACAAAUCUGUUGCAAUCUCACAAGAUUAGUAGUUGGAACACAUAGAAGAUAGUGAGUACAACAGAAUGUUUAUCAAAAAUGUGUCAAAAAUGAAUAUCAGAUUUUAUUUUUCUUAGGACU